AUGUACUGUAUGUCAGCCAGUCAUAGAACCACACUGGACCAGGACCACCAGAUAAAAACUCUCUUUUAUAGAAAUAAUUAUUUGUCUACAGGUUGUUAUUUGUCAUUGCAUUUGAAUUUACCAGUCAAUAUAAUCUAUUUCACAGAAAGUCAAAAUCUCAGCUCUGUGACUAAAGUGUGUGUACAGAGUGGAAAAAGCGUCACCAUUCCAUUCCUCUAUGACCAGAAAUACAAAGGUUACAAGAAAAUCUGCCAACGAGGAAUUGGAACUGUAAACCAUCCAGACUGGGAGGCUGAAGUACAUAAUGGGAAUAAUAAAAGCUCUAAGACCAUGUCUAUGUCUGAUGAUGUCACCAACAGCAUUUUCACUCUGACUGUGAUGAUGGAUGUUGGAGUGCAGUAUACUAACGUGAAUGUUAAGAAAUAUAGUUGUGCUGUUGCAGGAGGUGGGCCAACUAAUGAGAAAGCGUUCACGUUGUUAGACACAGACGAUAUUCCAGAACUCCGUGUUCAGAAUCAAACUGUAUUUGGAUAUGAAGGUGGGACUGUGGUUGUAGACUGCCUCCAUAAAAACCUCACUGGAGAGAAGAAGUGGUGCAGAAUUGAUGGAUCUUGUUUGAAAGUUGGAGAAGGGAAUGGAAUGUUAGUGGAGACAGCAGAUGCAGCAGGAGUGUUCAAAGUGACUCUGAGGAACCUCCAGGAGAAGAACAGCGGCUGGUACUGGUGCUCUGUGGGAGAAUCCCAGAUGCCUGUUCACAUCACUGUCAGUAAGAGGCCCAUUCAUCACACCACCAUCACUCCAACACUCCAGACAACUCCACAAACAACGAUGUCUAAUAACAGUUCAGCUGAUAUUGGUGGGUACCACUAA